GGCGUGUCAGUGGCCUUGUCAGUGUCACUUACGUCAAUCUGGAAUUUGUUUUGAUAAAAUGCAUUUCUUUGUGUAAACUCCUCCAAAACCAAGCAAAAUGGCAUUCAAUCCCUUAACUGAAGCGGAGUGCGGGCAGAAGAACCCCUUGGCCCGUUUGACAUCGCACCUAACCCAUGAUCAUGCCUUCGCCGAGGCCCAUGGACAUGCCUUUCCCAGCAGCUCGGACCAAUUGGUCGAGCAGUUUUUACAAGAGACGAAAUCGGUGCCCCAGAGCUUCAGAAUGGACGAUUUGAUGCGAGAAAUGCAUGAGAUCGAGUCUCAAAGGUCAGCCCUGCCGCCAAUUCCCGCUUCGACGAUUAAAGACCAGAUCCACGACGACGCGUGGGCACAACAGUACAUAGACGAUGGAAAAGUCUUCAAUGACAAUGUAAAUAGUGAGGCAAUUUGGACAGAAAUCAUGUCGCAAGAGCAAAACAACGCCUCUGUUGAGGACGACUGGGGUACAGAUAAUUUUCCAGAGAUACUCCCAGGACCAAGCAAGAUAAAUGCCUCACAACAGAGCGCCUGGGAAUUGACAGAGGCUGUUGAUGACCCCAAAUUUGUAUAUUCGAAGUUUAUGAGAUUCAUGAAACAAGUCGGCGAUGGAGAUGUUAAUUUGGAGGACGGGAGGUUGACGGAAGAGGAGGCGCAGUCCUGGAGCAAGGAGUUUAUGCAAGAAAAAAAGAAAACUGAAGCUGAUAUUGAAAAAGUGGCCAAGAAAUGGGAAAAGAACUUCGAAGACGAUUACAAUUCCCAAUUUUGGAGCAACCUCCAAGAAGAACUAAAACAAACUCUCGACGGAGCGGAAUCGAGCGAAAACACAUGGGCGAACGAAUUCGAUUCCUAUUACACAGCCCCAUACAACGAUUACACAUUUACCGAAGAGAAUCCCAUGUUUGAUAUCCCUGAUCCUUUACAACGAGGCAAAAAAUUACUCGAAGACGGCGACCUGCCUUCAGCCGUUUUAUGUUUCGAAGCAGCCGUAAAACAAGAACCUGAAAACAGCGAAGCUUGGCUAUUAUUAGGAAAAACCCAAGCGGAGAAUGAACAGGAUUGCAAUGCCAUACCGGCAUUGAAAAAAUGUCUAGAAUUAGAAUCCGAUAAUUUAACGGCGCUAAUGGCCUUGGCUGUUUGCUACACCAACGAAAGUUACUACAGUCAAGCUGCGCAAAUGUUGCUCAAAUGGUUGGCGAAUAACCCGAAAUACAGCGAUUUGGUGCCACCUGAUUUUCAACUAACUGGGCAAGUUACAAGCUUUUUACAGCCGAACCAACAGAAAUUUAUCCAGGAUUUGUACAUAAAAGCCGCGUUACGACAACCUGUGGAUAUUGAUUACGAAGUACAGUGUGGUCUAGGUGUCCUGUUUAACUUAUCUGGAGAGUAUGAAAAGGCUGCUGACUGUUUUCGUGCAGCGCUGUCUGUAAAAUAUGACGAUGCCAAAUUAUGGAAUAGAUUAGGGGCGACGCUUGCAAACGGGUCCAAAUCGGAGGAAGCUGUAGAAGCGUACCAUCGAGCCCUAGAGCUCGAACCGGGUUUUAUACGAGCGCGAUAUAACGUAGGAAUAAUUUGUAUAAAUUUAAGGGCCUAUAGGGAGGCCGCUGAACACUUUUUGACUGCUCUCAACCAACAGGCGAGGGGCAGGGACGUAAAAAAUUCACCCUCAAUGUCGCAAAUGUCGGAUACGAUAUGGUCCACGUUACGGAUGUGUAUCUCUCUGUUAAAUAAAGUCGAACUAAGGGCGGCGGUGGAUAAUCGGGACUUGGAAACUUUGAAUAAGGCUUUUGAUAUUGUGUAAUUUGAGAUUGUGCAGAAUUGUUAUUUUUGUAUGCCCCAAAAAAUAUACUGUUGGUCUUUUUUACAAAUUUUAUUUUCUUUUGGAAGUUUUAAAAGUUUGUAAUAUUUUGAGAUUGUUUAAGGCAUGUCAAAAAUAAACUUGUCCUUUUUUCAAAGUU